UGUCAAUCUUAGGCUACACAGUAAAUUACUGCUCAUCUCUCUGGACUUGUCAAAACAUUCACCCAGCACGCAUCGCCGAGGUUACUAAAUUUGCUCCAGUCAUCGACGAACCCCAAACUGAACUCUGAAGUUACAUCAGCUCUCUGACGUCUGUCUAACAUCACCAGCAGCGCCAUCACUUCAGUCCCUGGAUAUUGACAGCGAACAUUGUGCCGUUGCCGUGGUGACACUACAGAGGGACCUUGAUCGACAGGCCUCCCUCCAGAGGAACUGUGAGGGGCCGUCACGGAAAGGAACAUGUGCUAGAAGUUGAACAUCUUUCCUGAACGACUGGUCAGCUUUGACGCUAGAAGAUGAACAAUGAGGAUGAGUUCUACGACGCCGUCACAGGCCUGGAUUCUGACGAGUCGUACGAAGGGGUGUCGGAGGCCAGUUUCAAAGACGCGCUGGUGUUUGAUGGCAGCAGUCAGAAGGACAACGGAUCCGUGCCUCAGGAGAACGGCAUCAAGAAACACAGAAAGUCGUUACCUGCGCCCAUGUUUUCCAGGAACACUAUGAGUGUCUGGAGUAUCCUGAAAAAAUGCAUCGGACUGGAACUGUCCAAGAUCACGAUGCCCAUCGUCUUCAACGAGCCUCUGAGCUUCCUGCAGAGAAUCACAGAAUACAUGGAACACACUUACCUCAUCAACAGAGCCUGUUCACUGCCCGACUCUAUAGAGCGCAUGCAGGCUGUAGCUGCUUUUGCUGUGUCAGCAGUCGCGUCUCAGUGGGACAGAACUGGAAAACCCUUCAACCCUCUGCUGGGAGAGACCUAUGAACUCACCAGAGAGGAGCAGGGUUUCCGGUUGGUAUCGGAGCAGGUAUCCCAUCAUCCCCCGGUCAGUGCCUUCCAUGCAGAGAGCCUGGUCGGGGACUUUGUCUUCCACGGCUCCAUCUACCCCAAACUCAAGUUCUGGGGCAAGAGUGUCGAGGCCGAGCCCAAAGGGACCAUCACACUAGAGCUACUCAAGCACAACGAGGCGUACACAUGGAGCAACCCGUACUGCUGCGUACACAACAUCAUCCUAGGCAAACUGUGGAUAGAGCAGUACGGCACGGUGGAAAUAGUCAACCACAGCACUGGAGACAAGUGUGUGUUGAAUUUCAAGCCUUGUGGGAUGUUUGGCAAAGAGCUGCACAAAGUGGAGGGAUACAUCCAGGACAAGAGUAAAAAGAAGCACUGUGUCAUCUAUGGGAAGUGGACCGAGUGCAUGUGGAGCAUUGACCCUCAGGCCUACGAGACCCACAAGAAGUCGGAGAAGAAAGGCGACAACAAGAAGCACAAACAUGAGGAGCCGGAGGGAGCGGAUAACGACGACGCAGAUGACAUGCCUGAAGUCCAGGAGACGGUGUGUGUCGUACCAGGAAGCACUCUGCUGUGGAGGAUAGACUCCAGACCGGCGCACUCUGCUACGAUGUACAAUUUCACCAACUUUGCGAUGUCUCUCAACGAGCUGGAGCCCGGCAUGGAGGCCAUGUUGGCCCCCACCGACUGUCGCUUCAGGCCCGACAUCAGAGCCAUGGAGAACGGAAACAUGGAUGAGGCCAGUAGGGAGAAGGAGAGACUGGAGGAGAAACAGAGAGCGGCCAGGAAGGAGAGAUCCAGGAAUGAAGAGGAGUGGUCCACUAGGUGGUUCCAGUCCGGCACCAACCCGUUCACCGGCCUGCAGGACUGGAUCUACACCGGCGGCUACUUCAACAGGAGCUACCAAGACCUGCCCGACAUCUACUGAGAGCCCACGAGCCUUCCUCCUCCUCCUCCUCCUCCUUUGUAACCUGCAAUGAUCUGCCUAUCACCAAUUGGAGAGAAAUGUAAAGCACCCACCAACCUUUACUCCCAUCUUCAUCUCACUGCCUUCAUCGUCGUCAUCACCUUUAAACUGACCCACAGAUCGCAAAGUCUCACAAAGAAACCGUCACGUCUCGGAAACUGUGGCCUGCUCGAUGUCUUCUUCAUCCUCCUCCUCCUCACCACACUCUUCCUCUCAUCACCUUUAUUUCAUCACCUGUCGACCAGCAGACGUUUCCCACC